GUAAUGAAUCUAGUAUUAGACUCAUAAACGAUUGAUCUUUUAACAAAUUAUGAAGACUUGCUUAAUUCAACACUUGAUUAAGGUCAACUUGAAUAGAUGUGUCAUGAACUCAUAGACACCUUCUGUAUUUUUUUAGAAAAUAUAUCUAGUUCUAUACAUAGAGGAAAUUUAAAAUUACAAAGGUGAAAUAGGUCUUGAACUUAAAUCAAAGUAAACAGAAAUCGAUAUGCUUCACUUAUAGAUUUCAAAAUAGGCAAAUCAACUUGAAGAUUAAAAAAGCGAUUUAACUAGAUAGAUUGAUAUUUGCUAAUAAUUAGAAUUAUAGUUAUAAUUCUUUGAAAAGAAGUCUUAGAAAUCUGAAAAAGAAAUCCUAUAAGUAGAAACAGAAUUAAGAAAAAAACUUCAUCAGCAGAAUCAAUAAUAUAGAGAUUAAAUUUAAAUCUUAACAAGUGUAUAAUAAGAAAUAGAUAAACAAAUUCUUUAACUCUCUAGAGAAAAAGGAUAACUAUAAUUAUAAUUUGAACAACUCUAAAAGAAAUAUGAGGAGUAGUAAUUCUUAAUUACAAAUCUGACUGAAUAGUUGGCAAAUUUAUAAACAAGUUCAAGUUUCAAUACUAAAAUAUUACAAAAUAACGAUGUAGUUAUUGACAGUUAAGAUGAAUCUAUUGAAAUUAAACCUUAAGAAAAAAGAAGUUAGUAUUCAAAUUGUAUUUCCCAUAAUUAAAUUAAUUUUAAAUGGGAAAAAAUUUAACCUAGUAUAUCAUCCAUUAGGAAUUCUAUGACUAUAAUAAAUCCAACUAAUACAAAAUGUGACAUAUAAUCAAAAUAAAAAAUAAAAUCAUUAGCUUAUUUGAACUGUAAAUCAGAAAACCAAUGUGAUCCUUAUUAUGAAUUUUUUAAAUUGGUAUUUUUUUUAUAUUAUAAUUUUUAGAUAACUUAAUGUGUCAAAUUAGAUUUGGGAUAAGCUCAUAUAUUUACAAUGAAUUUUGAUUAUCUUUUUGAAAAGUUUAAAAAUAAUUGUAUUCCAUUCAAUCAAUGGUACGAUAAAAUAUUAGAAGAAAUUUUUACAUGA